AUGGAAUAACUCAACCUAGAAGACAUCUUGACAUGUACAAAUCUUAGAAAACAAUAUUCUUUACUAAAUAAUGUCAUUCAUCAAUAUGAAUCCUCAUAAAUAAUCAAAUUUAAAAAAGUAUGCUUUUUCAUUCUAUACAUAAAAGACUUUAUUAUCAGAUUUGUUCAAUUCUUGUUUUGAUGAAAGUUUAUUGAUUGGAGGUCAAGUUUUAUAGAAGUUGCUUACAAAAUUAUACAACGAAUUAGGACCAGAGGAUAAAAAAAAUGUUGAAUUAUUCAAUCAAAGAUUAUAAUAAUUUGUUUCAAUUUUUGCUGAUCAUUAUAUAGAAAGUGUCAGAUUAAAUUAACACAAUUAUAAUCUUAAUUAUGCAUAAUAAAUUAAUAGAAUUUUAGCAGAUGUUAAAAUUGAAUGCAUUUAAUAUGUUAUUGAUCAUAUCAUAAAACAAGAUUAGAACUUCUUUUAACAUAAACAUAAAAUAUGGGCUAUUGCUUCAUUACUUAAAUUUGCUAAAUCAGAACAAUAAAUUACUGUUACUGAGUAAGGUAUUAUUUAUAAAAAUGGUACUUUGUUGAAUGUUGAUAUCAAAAUUAUUUAAAAAUGGAUGUUUAAUAUUGAUAGAGCAAUUUAAUUUGAAGCAUUUCAAAUAUUUGCAUUAAAUAGCAAAAAAGCAGCAAAACCAACAUAAAUUGAGUUAGAUUCUAUUGUUCUUUUUGUCUAAUUUGUUAUCAAAACAUCUUAUCCUAAUUUUAAGAAAAAUUAUUUAUCCAAAUUAAAGUUUUUUAUUGAAAGAAUUAGAACAAGUUAUUAAAAAGAUCUUAAAUUUUUAGAAUCAGGUAAAUCAAAGGAUAUUAAUAUAAUUCAACCUAUAAUUAAAUUCACUUAAUAAAUUUUUGAAAUAUUAUAUUCAUAAUUAAUACCUGAAUGUUGUUAUGAAGUUUCAAGUCCUUGUUUAGAAAUUUUAAAGGUGAUUUAUUUAUAUUUAGGUACUCCUGAAAAAUUAGAACCAAAAAAAGGAGAAAUUUAUCAUAAAACAUAAUUUUUAUUAAAUUAUUGUUUUGAACAAGCUUAUGGUAACACAAAAGUUGAAUAAUUAAUAAUUUAAUGUAGUAGCAAUUGGGAAUCUUCUAGAACAUUAGCUUAUGAGAUUUUAUUAUUAUUACCAAAUGAAAUACAAUUCUUUAGUGAAUAAAAAACAAAAGAACUCUAUAAGAUAGCUACAAUUUAAAUAGGAAAUCCUAUUAUUAAGUUUUAUGAAAGUGGUUCACUUUUAUUAUCAUUAUUACUAAAAAAAUAUGCUAAAGUAUUAUAUCCAACAUAAAAUCCAGAGAUUGAAUUUUUAAAUUACUUAAUAAAUGAAUUAUAAGAAAAAUUCAAUUUAUUUAAGAAAGUAUUUUCAAAUGAUAUUGUAUAAUUAUAAUAAACAUUGAUUCAUGGAUAUGUAUCCACUUUCUGGAUUAUUUUAUAGAGAAACAAUAUUCAUUAAUUAUAAGACAAAGAAUAAUUAAAAUUAUUUUUUAUAAAAUUACUUGAAUUAUUGAAAGAUAUUAUUGAAUUCGCUACUUAAGUAAGUUCUGAAAAUGUUUGUACAUGGAUAAUUGAUGACAAAUCAACCUAAUAAUUGCCAUACUAAGUUGAUUGUAGAGGACAUUUUUAUUAAAGUGAAUUUGUUUAAAAUGUAUAAAAGAUUUUAUAAGGAAAUACUUUAAUUGAAUCUUUAGAUGAUUAAACUACAGAUUAAGGAUCAGAAAAUAUAUUAGUUGUUUCAUUUUUCCUUAUUACAAGAGAAUCAGGUGUUUUCUUUUAAGAAUUAGCAAAAGUUAUUGAUGAUAUGUAAGAUAAUUUGAUUCCUAAUGAUUUAUUGAAGAGAAUUACAUAUUAAUUUUUUCAUGCUUUAUUAAACAUUAAACAUUUAGGUUCAAUAGAUAGAAUUGCAUAAGGAUUGUAUGAAUUAUGUAAAACAAUGGGAACUAGUAAAAAUCCUUAAUUACCUGGUUUAGUUAAUGAAUUAAUUGAUAAAUUAGUAGAAGCAUUUGAUUAAAAUUAAUUAAAAAAUGUAUUUAGAAGAUCUGCAGGUUUACCACAUUUAGUUUGUUGUUUAUUAAGAUCUUGUUAAAGUAAGGAUAAACAAACAGAAAAAGUUGUAAAAUUACUAUUAAAAUUUGCAAAAGAAGGUUAAUUAGAAAUGAGAAUUCAUGCUCUUAAUGUAAUUAGAAAAUUAUUUAUGGAAGCAUGGUUAAGAUAAGAUCUUGAUUAAUUUAUUUCUGAAGCAUAUAUGUUAGCUAUAGAUGGAUUUAGUUUUGAUGAUUGGAGUGUUAGAAAUUCCUCUCUAAUGUUAUUUUCAGCAUUGGCAUCUAGAACUUUAGGUAAAAAUACUUAAAAUGUUGAAUAAAUUGCAUAAAAAUUAACUUUAAUUGAAUUCUUCAAUAAAUCCCCUUAAUUAGUCUAAUAUUUCCAAAAUAAAAUUAAGGAUUAUAAUGAUUAAUAAUUGUAUCCAAGUUUAUAUCCAAUAGCAUUAUUAUUAUCAAGAUUGGCUCCUAUGGAAGGCAAAUUUAUCAGAAAAGUAUAUACAGAAACUUAGAAGUAAGAUUUAUUUGAAUAAAAAUAAUUAGAUUUAUUGUUGCCAUCUUUAAUAAAUUGUUUAAAGAAUAAGAAUUAUUUAGGCAGAGUUAUUCUAUCCAAAGCCAUUUUACCUUUUCUUUCAUUUUAACAAAUAACUUCUUAUGUAGUUCAACUUUUAAAUCAAUUAGUUGACAGUAAGACUAUAAAAUAAAAUCAUAAUAAUGCACAUGGUAUUUUACUUUUAUGUCAUUAAUUAAUUAAAGAUUAUUAUAACAUAAAAAAGGAAACUCUAGAUUAAUAUGAGGUUGAUUAAAUAGAUUAAUUAAAAUAGAGUGAAUAAAAGUUAAUUUAAGAGAUUCAUCAUAAGAGCUUUAUAAUUAGAGAAAUUAAAUGUCCACCUGUUUUAUCUGUUUAUUAUUAAGUUUUAAAUAUUAUAAUCAAAAAUAAUGAAUAAUAAGAUUGUACCUUAUUUUUAGAUAGUUCUUCAAUCACUAAAAAUAUGAUUGAAGAGUAACAUUUCAAUUAAAAAACCUUCUAAAUUAAAUAAGAUAUGGGUCAUAGUUUAUUGAGAAAGAAAUAAAUUUCAUUUUUAGUUAAACUUGAUAAUUUAAAUAAAAGUCAUACAUAUUUAGAAUAACUUAUUAAAAAUCAACUUUUAAAAUACAUUUCAUAAAAAGAGCUUUUAGAAAUUGAUGAUUUAGAAGUUUUGUAGUAGCUAUACAAAUAAUACAAUAAUAUUUUGAAAAAAAAUACAAUAGUGGAAGAUUCCAAUAUAGAAAUUGCCUAAUUAACUUACAAAUUAUUAGAAGUAGUUGAAACUCCAUAUUUCAGUUAAUGUUUAAAAUAGUGCUUAUAAUUGUUAUUAAUAAUUAGUAAAUUAACAAAGUUUAAUCAUAAUGAAUAAAUUUUAGAUAGAAUUAGUGAGAGAUUUAUAAAUGAUUCAGGAAUUAUGAAAAAUAUUAUAAAACUUUACGGCUAUGUUAUGUUAUAAAAACAAGAAUUUUUAGAUUAAUUUUUGAAAAUAUGUGAAUUAUAUUCACACAGCAAUAAUAUAGAUGAUUUAAGAAUAGCAGUAAUUAAAAGUAUUUGUAUUGCAAUGCCAAAUCUAUUUAAUUUGAAUACCCUUAAGUUAUCAUUAAUAUAUUUAAGAUUACUUUAAGAUGAAUUACCAGAAAUAAGAAAUAAAAUGAGUAAACAAAUUUGUAUUCAUUUAUUAAAUAAUAAAAAUAAGAACUCUACCGAAUUGUAUAAUAAUGAAUAUUUAUUACAUAAUUUUUACCAUUUUAUAGUGUAAAAGUAAAUUACAAAAGAGAAUUAGGUGGAAGUAAUAAAGAUUUUGAUAACUUAAUUAAUGGAUAGUGAAUAUUAUAUGGUAAAGAGAUAGAAUCAUUAAUCAAAAAGAAUAUUUUAAUACGAAAAAAGCAAUAAAUACAUAAGUGAAUUGAAGGGCAGAAAAUUAGCUUAUGAUUUUUUAGUGUAUUGUGUAAAUUAAAAGAUUUUGGAUCAGGAAUUAGUGAUUAAAGAAUUAAGUGAGUAUGAGAUUAAACAUUAAAAUACUGCAUUAAUGGAAUAUAAAUUGAAUGAGACUUAAAUUAAGAAUUACAUUAGCAAUUUAACUGAAAGAGAUGAUUAUAUAUAUGAGAAUCUUUGUAGAUUGACAAUAUUUGAAGAGCUAUAAAUUAAAUUUAAUCCUAAUCAGUAAAUAUUAAUAUAAUAAAUUUUAGUAAGCAAUAUGAACUAUAUACCAAAUAUGAAUUAAAGAAGGCAGAGUUUUCAUUUAAAUAAUUUGAUUGA